UUUGGCUGACCAGCACGGUUCUGUCACCCUCGCACAUGUGUACGGCAGCACACAGUGGCCACACUGUCGAUAAACAUCAAAUUAUUAUAUUAAACUCCAGCUUCGGUGCGGAUUAAACAUGAAAAAGAAACGUGCAAUUGAGGAGGCACCUUUAGAGGUGAUUCGGUCUGAAUCCAGAACCGACAUGAAGGAGGAGGAAAAAGUUGGACCGUCUCAAAUGAAAAAGAGCAAAGAUGAGGAGGUGACGUUCCACCGGGUGAAGCUGUCCACAAGCCACCUGUACAAACCUCCAACAGCAGAAGAACUCAACCACUUGAAAGAGGCUGAGAGCUUAUUUCACUGUAGUUUGCUCAAAAUGCAGAUGGAGGAGCUCCUUAAAGAAGUUACCUUGAGUGAACACAGGAAACAGCAAAUAGACUCUUUCAUUCAGACAGUCACCAAGCUACUGCAGGCUGUACCUCAAUCUCCAGAGGUGGAGGUAAACGACCUGUCUUGGCUUUCUAGUGCUGUGAAGGUUCCAAUCCUUCUCCUUCCAAAAACACUAAAGGGCAAAUUCCACAUGGCACCUCCCGCUUCUAUUGAUACAAUUGGAAGUUAUCCUUUGGGUACCUGCACCAAACCACGUGUUGUGGUGGACCUGGCAGUUACAAUCCCAGCUACUAUUCUCCACGGCAAAGACUUCUUAAACCAGAGGUAUCCUCGGAAAAGAGCGAUGUACCUGGCAGGUCUGGCUCAGUAUCUGGCAACCUGCUCAGACAUAGGAACCAUGUCCUACUCGUGUCUUCAUGGGAAUCAUCUUCGUCCCAUUCUACUGCUGAGUCCACCAGGUAAAGACUCGUCUGCCUUCACAGUCCGACUUCAUGCUUGUCUACCCCCUGGGUUUUUCAAGCCCAGUCGUUUCCGCCCUCAGAUGAAUAACAUAAGGACCGGCUGGUACACCGGGGUGAACAAUACUGAGUCUGAAAUCAAUGAACCUCCGACUCCCCAUUACAAUAGCGCCGUUCUCGGGGAUCUGCUACCCAGGGCUCACCUCCAGUUUCUGUCUGUUGUGAGUGCUCAGUGCUCCGCUUUUCCUGAGGGGGUGGCUUUGCUAAAAGUCUGGCUGCGUCAACGAGAACUUGACCAGGGCGCUGGGUGUUUUAACGGAUUUCUGGCCUCCAUGCUCUUGGCGUUCCUUCUGAUCACGCACAGAAUCAGCAACACCAUGACAUCCUAUCAGUUACUGCGAAACAGCCUACACUUUCUGGCAUCCACAGACCUGACAGUGAAUGGAAUCAGCUUAGCCAAAGAUCCUGACUCCACAGCACCACCACUGGUAGACUUUCACAAUGCUUUCCAAGUUGUGUUCAUCGACCCGUCUGGACACCUCAACAUGUGUGCUGACAUGACGUCGUGCACCUACAAGAAGCUGCAGCAUGAGGCGUCAGUAUCCAUGCAGUUCUGGGAUGACCCAACAGUGGAUGGCUUCCAAAGUCUCCUCAUGACCCCCAAACCCAUGAUGAGGACCAGUGACCAUGUCUUCCAGUUGUGUGAACUAGUCAAACUGCAGUCUAGCUGUAAGAAGCUAAACCUCCUCAAUGAGCUAAUGGACCAGAGUGGAAACUAUGUGCAUGCGGCACUCCCUUUUAUUUUGUCACUGCUUCAGAAAGGACUCGGCCAAAGGAUCAGCCUCCUCACCCACUCUUUUUCCCCAGAACCGGAGUGGUCCUUGGAGAGUGAACCCCCAAAGUUCAAAGCCCAGCCUCCUCUCUCUUUUGGAUUUCUAUUACAGCCUGAACAGGCAACCUCCGUCUUGGAAAGAGGGCCUCCAGCAGACAGCCCCAAGGCGGCUGAGUUCCGCCAGCUGUGGGGCGAACGCUCGGAGCUGCGUCGCUUUCAGGACGGUGCCAUCACUGAGGCCGUCCUGUGGGAAGGAGAAACAAUGUGCCAGAAACGACUGGUACCCCAACAGAUCAUCACACACAUACUCUUGCUGCAUGCAGAUAUUCCACAGUCCUGUGUGCGUUAUGUGGGUGCGAUUGUUGACGAUGUCAUCAAGAUGAAAAAUCAGGUGCCAAGUACUGGCGAGGAGGAAAGUUUGCAUGUGAUUCAAUCCUUUGAUGACCUAAGCAGAAAACUUUGGAAACUUGACGGUCUGCCUCUCUCUAUUACGUCCGUGCAAGGAGCUCACCCAGCACUCCGAUACACACAGGUAUUCCCCCCGGUGCCACUGAAGUUUGACUUCUCUUUCUUCCACAAAGAAAUAGCUUUUCAGUCAUUGGUGCCAAAGGAGGAUAAACCCUGCCCUGCAUACGUCAGCCCCAUCACAGUGAUCUGUCACAUGGAGGGGAGUGGAAAGUGGCCUCACGACCGCAACGCCAUCCGCCACAUCAGAGCUGCCUUCCACAUCCGCCUUGCGGAAUUACUCAGUAUGCAGCACAACUACACAUGCAGACCCUACGCCACACACCUGGAUGUCUGGAAGGAUGGCUUGGUGUUCCGCAUCCAGGUUGCAUACCACCGAGAGCCCCAAGUGCUGAGGGAGACUGUAAACCCUGAGGGGAUGCUGGUUGUGCGGGACAAUGAGGAUGCUCAGAGCUUGGAGAUGACGACCGUACACAGGCCUCUAAUAACCAGCACACUGCAUGGGGUCCAGCAGCAACACCCGUGUUUUGGGGCAGUGUGCCGCCUGGCCAAGCGUUGGCUGGGGGCGCAGCUCUUCAGCGAAGCCAUAACAGAGGACGCAGCAGACCUCCUAGUGGCGUCCCUCUUUCUGCACCCUGCACCCUUCACCCCUCCUGGUUCUCCUCAGGUGGGCUUCCUGCGCUUCCUUCAUCUGCUCUCCUCCUUUGACUGGAGGAACAACCCGCUGGUCGUCAACCUCAACAAGCAGCUCACAGCGGCUGACUACACAGAGAUCAAAAAUUACUUCUUGGCCUCCAGGGAGUCUCUGCCUGUCAUGUUUAUAGCGACACCCAAAGACAAAAAUGUGUCGAUCUGGACCAAGCAAGCACCGACUAUCCAGAUGAUGCAACGUGUGAUUCUGGUGGCGGCCGAGAGUCUUAAAGUUCUGGAACAUCAGCUGAUGGAUGGUGGUCAAAUACAAGAUGUCAGGGUGGCCUUGCGUCCUCCUCUAGAUGCCUACGAUGUGCUGAUCCACUUGAACCCCAGGCAGGUCCCCUUGCUCGGCCAGGCGGUGGACCGUCCCCACCUCAACUUCAACAGGGGCGUGGUCCCCGGCAGCAAGCCUCACUCAGGUGGGAUGAUGCCCGUCGUCGACUACAACCCUGUGAGCCUCUACCUGGCAGAGCUGCGGGAUGCUUUUGGAGACUUGGCCCUCUUCUUCUGUGAUCCCUACGGAGGAAGGGUGAUCGCCGUUCUAUGGAAGCCAAAGUCCUUUGUCCCAAUGCCCUUUAAGACGUCCCAGAUGUCUGCCAGGAGUGUAGAGGUAACUGACGGCAAAGUAAAAACGUUUCCUACUGUGGAAGCUAUACUGGAGGACUUCAGGAUCAUUGGACAGGAUUUGGUCAAAUCAGUGGAGGCCAAGACUGAAAGAUGGUCAUUUUAGUCUGAAAAAUCCACUUGAUUCUCGUGUUGGACUUUUCCUCAAAACACACAUGUAUUGAUCCUUUUGCUGUGUUCGCUUAUAAGACCACAACUAAAAAAAAAAAGACUGUUUUUGAAGAAGCUGCAUCAUGUCUAAUAAAUAUACACACACACAGGAUUGGUAAGCUAUGUCUGCCUAAUUAUUUCAAUCGUUGACAUGAGAAAAAUAUAUAUAUUUCAACAGCAAUUAUCUUUUCAUUUGCAAUA